UUUACCAAUAAUAACGCUCGUAAGUUUUCACUAUUUACAUGGUAUGAGAGAAUAGCCUCCACACAUUUUUGUUAUAAUUUAUCUUAGUAUCAAUUUAACUGAAAAAUAAUAUGAGUGUGGCAACCCACUAAAACAGCUGCUAGUUUGUUUAUAUCGAAAAGGAGAUUUCAUUUAUUUAUAUGCCAAUUGCACAAAGUUUUGCAAAUGCCGGAUGAAUAUAGACAUAAACAGCUCUAAAUUUGUAGCACAAAUAACGUGUGAUAAGUAAGAUUAACGUCGUGUAAUUUAGUGCGGUUGUCGGGCAGAAAACUUUUCGGUCAUGAAUACUAGCCAUAGGACAGCAUCCAUGGACAAUACAUUGUGCCAUGAAGGACGUUUAAGCUUAUAUUGCUACCUGACGACGACUAUUAUUGUGCUUGUUGCUACUGUACCACAAAUCUACUAUGGUACGGUGCCAAAUGUUUGGGGUGCCGCAAUGUGGGGUCCGGUACUGUAUUAUGCAUUGAUCAAUAUGGUGAUACGUUACUUACUGUGCGAUAAUGAUUACCAGAUUGCAAUUCGUUCCACAUUUUUGGGUUUUAUGGAAGCCGCCAGCAUACUAGUAAUUUUGUUUGCGCCUGAUGAAUGGAAGCAAUUUGGUGUUUAUGCUUUCUUUAUGUCAUUCUUUCAUUACUCAGAGUUUCUUGCCAUUGCAUGGUGCAAUCCAAAUAGUCUUUCUACAGAUUCGUUUAUUUUAAACCACUCAAUUCCCUAUGCAUUGGCAGCAAUAGCUAGCUGGAUUGAGUUUGCUUUGGAAGUGUGGUUGCUGCCUAGCUUUAAAAGCUUCUAUUACAUUUGGCUACUCGGUGUAGUAUUAUGUGUAACUGGUGAAGUUAUUAGAAAGGUAGCCAUGAUCACCGCGCGGAAUAGCUUUACGCAUCUGGUUCAACAAGAAAAAUCAGAUAACCAUAAACUGAUAACACACGGUAUUUACGCUUAUAUGCGGCAUCCAUCAUAUGUGGGCUGGUUCUGGUGGUCUGUGGGCACGCAAAUAAUACUGCUAAAUCCUUUGUGUAUAUUGAUUUAUACAAUCGUAUCAUGGAAGUUCUUCCACGAUCGAAUCUUCAUGGAGGAAAUAACAUUAUUAAAUUUCUUUCGAUCCGAUUAUCACAAAUAUCAGCAAAAUGUACCCACAGGUUUGCCAUGCAUUAAAGGUUAUACCCUCGAUUAGCUACCUGCAUCAGCUGAUUAGGGUGAAAUGGAGCUGCAUCAAUGUGCUGUGCAUUUAAGUGAAUAACAUUAAAUCUAAUUUCUCACAAUAUCUAUUUCUAUUUAAGUAAUUAAGAGAUCAUAAAGUGUUGUAACAAUAAGUAUUUUUAUUAACAAAAGAUGUGUUAAACGAAUAACUUGACCAUUUAAUUGCAGGAACUAAUAUUAUUAAAAUCUAAUAUUACAUGAUUAAAGUUGUAUUAAAGUUCAAACAAAUGAUUCAGUUGGCAAUUAUAUUUCGUGUGUAAUCACAUUGCCGGGAAGGAAUAUGUGGAAAAUGGUAACUCCGUUUGUACUUCCACCGGAACCUCAUUUGCAGUAUGUGCGAAUUUUUAUCCGAUGAAUUUUUUGAUUUCUGUUGGUUUUGUUGAUUAAUUAGGGGAUUAGGCUAGUCUAAGAUUUUCAAAAUUACUCGUUAAUUUUUUAGGCCAAUUUUGGGAUAAGGGGAUAUUCUAGUCUAGAAAUAAAAAAAUCAUUUUUUUUUAUAUUUUAAAAGUUUAACUCAUGAAUAUGUCUACAAGAAGAUUUUUCAAAACUCAAAUAAUUUUCGGAGAUAUAGGUAUUUUGCUGACCCGGUAUCCAAACUAGUUCGGUCGGAACUGAAACUUUAAACGCGAUUUUUUCGAAAGUGUCUUUUUCGAAAAGAUACCAACGAUUUCUUAAGUUUUACUGAACCGAUUUAAAAGAAGAGAGUUGUUGUUGUUGGAGCGGCAGAAUUUUGCCGAGUUGACAGUCCGUUGCGGUUAUCGAUCUGAAAUUUUGCACAUGUUCUUUUCUCCGCCUCAUUUGUUGGAACCGCCGAUGUCGGACCACUAUAGCAUAUAGCUGCCAUAAAAACUAAGCGGUCGGAAUUAAGCGCUUGCAAUACAAUGCAAUCUCCGAAGAAAUUGUUCAGAUCGGAUCACUAUAGCUUAUAGACUUUUAUUAGAAAAAUAAACAAAAAUUAAUUUUUUUAUACCGUAAAAGUUUAAAUAUUUGAGAAAAUAUUAGCCUCAGUUAAUAUUUUAAAGUAAUACAAAUAGUUUGUAGGCAAACGUUUCACUGUUUUUUACUGUGUAUAUUUUUCUCCACGAGAGCAAGGCAGUGAAAGCCUUCAAAACGUUAGUAACCAAAAUAUAUCAUAAAAUUACGAAACCUAUAAAAUUAUAUUUUGCUUAUUUUGGAAUUCUAAAAUUAAAAAAUGGUACAUUUACAAAAAUCAUAAUAUAUUUUAUUUUAUUUCAUUAAAUAUUUAUGCAUUAACAUGACAUACUUUUAUUUUCUGCUUAAACAUGUUUAUAAUUAUUACACAUCUUUCCUUUAACUAUAAUAUUUUCCAUAACUUUUUUUAUAUUUAUAAUGGCAAUAAAUUAUAUAUUAAAAAAUAGGCGCACAAACUUAAUGCUAUGUACAUUAAAUGGCUGCUGUAAACAUUAUAGUUGCGUUAGAGUAAAACACAUUACAAACAUAUAGUGUGAGUUAAAAUAGUGUGAAUAAAAAGAAUUUAAAA